AUGACACAGGAAAAUACGAACAAUGUGAUCUCGCCGUCUAUGAUCAAACACAAGUUCCUCUCCAAACCCAAGGAAGUGGGGGUAGUGGCCGUUGGCUUUUCCGGAGGCCAGAGCAAACCAGGAGUCGAUGACGGCCCCACAGCUCUCAUCGAAACAGGCCUACUCGAGCAACUCCAAGAAGACCUAGGCUACACCGUCAACUACGACAACAAAGUCCACAACUACGGUGACAUCGUCCCUGUCUCCGACCCCGACUUCCGAGGCAUGAAAAGGCCCCUCUCUGUCAGCGCCGUGACAGAGAAGCUCAGCCAGCAAGUCUACGAGCACGCGCGAGAUGGCAAGUUUGUCCUGACGUUGGGCGGCGACCAUUCCAUCGCUAUCGGGACCGUGUCGGGAACUGCGAAGGCGAUGCGGGAGAGGCUGGGGAGGGAGAUUGCGCUGAUCUGGGUGGAUGCGCAUGCUGAUAUUAACACGCCGGAGACGAGUGGGAGCGGGAAUAUACACGGGAUGCCUGUGGCGUUUCUCACGGGGUUGGCGAGGGAGGAGAGGUCGGAUAUCUUUGGGUGGUUGGGGAGGGAUCACUUUGUUAGCACUCGGAAGCUGGUGUAUAUUGGUUUGCGCGAUGUGGAUCGCGGGGAGAAGAAGAUUCUAAGAGAGAAUGGGAUUCGGGCGUUUAGUAUGCAUGAUAUUGAUAAGCAUGUUUCCCCCCCCAACCCUACUAUACAUAUAUAUUCUUAUAUCCUCUUUUGUUUUGACGCUCUUGCUAACCAUGAUGUCAGACAUGGUAUUGGACGUGUUGUCGAGAUGGCUCUGGCGCAUAUCGGAGCCGAUACACCAAUUCAUCUCUCGUUUGACGUGGACGCUCUUGAUCCCCAAUGGGCUCCUAGCACGGGUACUCCCGUCCGAGGCGGGCUGACUCUCCGUGAAGGCGACUUCAUCGCUGAAUGCGUUCACGAAACCGGGAACCUGGUUGCGAUGGACUUGGUGGAAGUGAACCCAAGCCUGGAAAUCAUGGGUGCCAAUGAGACCAUCCGGGCGGGCUGCUCGUUAGUCCGCUGUGCAUUGGGGGAUACACUUCUCUAA